AUGCCUCCUCCAGUUCAGCUGGGUCUGAUCCAAAUCGACAAGCCUACCGUUGGCAGAAACGGCUACCAGGGUUUCAAUCCUCAUUCCGAGGUACUUCCCAAGGGUUGGAAUGACCACAAUGCGCGCCCUUUGCCGACCGACAUUCUUGUGGAGCAUGACGUCGGCAUCAAGGUUCGCGAUGGCGUUACUCUCUACUGCGACAUCUACAGGCCAACCACUUCAGGCCCCAACGAGCAGGUGCCUGCCAUCCUAGCAUGGAGUCCAUUCGGCAAGAAGCUCAAUGGCAUUACGGUGAUGGGGAACCUUCCAUGGAACAUAGGUAUUCCCCGAGACACGACCAGUGGACUUGAGCGUUUUGAAGGCCCCGAUCCAGCUGAGUACGUCCCCCAGGGCUACGCCAUCGUCAACGUCGACGCCCGCGGAGCUGGCGACUCUGAGGGCUCUGCCGUCAUUAUGGGAACGCAGGAAGGCGAGGACGGGCACGAUGUGAUCGAAGGCAUUGCGAAGCUGCCUUGGUGUACUGGAAGUAUCGGCCUCGCUGGUAACUCCCAUCUGGGUAUUGUUCAGUGGUUCAUCGCGGCGCAGAACCCACCUUCGCUGAAGGCAAUCGCUCCCUGGGAAGCCGCGGGCGAUCUGUACCGAGAGCAGUUCGCUCGCGGCGGUGUCUGGGACAGUGCUUUGUUUGAUAGUAUCACCCAUAAUGUUAUCCAAGGGCAUAACGGACUGGAACAUUUCGCCGAAAUGUUCCGACGAAGCCCACUGCAAAAUGCCUACUGGCAAGACAAGCGCGCCGACAUCAAGAACAUCCGGAUUCCAACAUAUAUAGUGGCUUCUUAUUCUACCUUUGUGCACACAAUGGGCUCGAUCCGCGGCUGGCUGGAUGUCGACACAAAGGACAAGUGGCUCAGAUGGGACCCGUACCAGGAAUGGUUCGAUCUGUGGGCGGUGAAGGAAUCUCGAAACGAACUUGCGGCUUUCUUCGAAAAAUUCGUCAAGAGCAAAGACAACGGGUUCGAAAAGACUCCUCGUGUGCGUCUAGCUCUGCUCAGAUUUGGGGACCGAGACCCCAUUUAUCCCAUCGAGGCGGAUGAUUACCCUAUCCCGAACACCAAGUAUACCGAAUUCUUCCUGAAAGACGAGAGCACACUUUCCUUGGAAGCACCAAAGGAAUCAACAACGCUGUCAUAUUUCUCUGAAGUGAAGGAUGGCGGCUUCCAGAAACUCUCCUUCCAUUACACGUUCGAGGAGAAAACAAGACUGGCAGGUAUUCCGAAGGCAGUGCUCUAUAUGUCGACACAGGAAUCGGAUGACAUGGCCGUUUACGUAGUCAUCCGGAAGUUAGACAAGCACGGAAAAGCCUUGCUGAAUUUGAACAUCCCAUGGGCCAACGCGCCGAUCAAGUCCUUCGACGAAUUAGACGCUAAGGACCACCACAACCUGCUGUUCUAUUUCGGCCCGCUUGGAAUCCUCAGAGCAUCCCGUCGGCAUCUCGAUGCUUCAAAGAGCAUGCAUCCCAACUACCCGUUUCACACCCAUGAUCGAGUGGAGCUUUUGAACAAGGGUGAGGUCGUUGAGCUUGAGAUCGGCCUAUGGGCCAUGGGAAUCGAGUACGAGGCGGGGGAAAGUAUCAGCGUUGAGAUUCAGGGACAGUAUCCUUUUUUCAAGGACUAUUCGGUGCAUGAGAAGCCUAAACCUGAUGCUGAUAAGAGCAAUGUCGGAGAUCAUUUUGUGCACGUUGGUGGAGCGUACCCGAGUCGUGUUGUUCUCCCUUUUAUAUAA